AUGCUUGCCGAGGACCGCACACUCGAGUUCCGAGAAGCAGUAAAGGCCAAGGAGCACGCCUUCCCGCCCAACAAGCGCCAGCGCGUCAAGUUUGGUCCUCAUCGCUCCGGACCCGACGCCGCCCUCGACCCGUGGACCCAGCAGGCCGAUCAAGUCGCCACCAACUUGCGCUCGUUCCUCGGCUUCCUCGCCUCGAUCCGCCGCGCCUACCUCGACCUCGGCUCGUCCGCGUCCAACCCGCACGCCCACCACCAGCAACCCGCGCGACAGCUCGAUGCGAGCAAAGGCCUCGCCGCGUGGGAGGGCGUCCGCUGGCUCACCGACCGCGAGCGCGACGAGAUCGACUUUGCCGUCAAGGUCGCCCUGCGCAAGUCGGUCGACCGGGUCCGAGAGCUCGAGUCGCUCGAAAAGGCUCGCCUCGCGGCCGCCAAGCGCGACAACCCCAACGCCGGCCUCUCGCGCUUCCUCGGGCUCGCGUCGUCCUCGCCCUCGCUGUCGCCAGAAGCCGAGGUCCUCGCCGACCACCGUGCCCACGUCACCCUGUACCUCAACGAGCUCCUCGCCGUUGUCAGCCAGCGCCAACGCGACCAGCAGGAGGCGCGCGUCCGGCGCCAGCUCGAGCGCACCCAGUCGCUCGGCGGCAUGGGCGGCGGCGGCGCGCUCGGCAUGGAUGCCCUCGGCCGCGACAUGGCGGCCAAGGCCAAGAGCGAGCGGGCGUCGGGUCGGGGCGGCAAGGGCGCGAGCGUCGAUGAGCGCAAUGGCGCCAGCGGUGCGACGGUCGGCGCUGUCCCGUCCAUGUACCGCCCGGCGCCGAUACCGGGCGAGAACGGCGUCGGUGAUGACGACGACGACGACAACCCGCUCGGGAGCGAGCUCACGGCCGAGCAGGUGCAGCAGUUCGAGGCCGAGGAGUCGGCGCUCCUCAAGGCGACCCAGUCGGACCUCGAGGCGCUCAAGACGGCCGAGUCGUCGCUCCUCGAGAUCGCGUCGCUCCAGAGCCAGCUUGCGCAGCAUCUCGGCCAGCAGAGCGAGCUCACGGACAAGCUGUGGGAGGAGGCGGUCACCGUGUCGGGCGAGGUGGAGCGCGGCAACAAGCAGCUCAAGCAGGCCAAGGAGCGCAGCCGCGACAGCCGCAUGUGGCUCCUCAUCUUCCUCCUUGGCUCGUCUUUCACUCUCCUGUUCCUCGACUACUACGCCUGAGCACGUCGCAAUGCAAGUGUCUAUCGAGCCC